CCACCCCCUCGGCCACACUCUCAACGGGGAAGGCCGCUGACGUGGGCUGCAGCCUUCCAGCCUCAAUUCCCCUCCCUCUGCCACCUCCCCUUCAUCCCUCCCUCUCCCGCCCCUCCCACGGUUAUUUGGGAGAUUAGAGUUCAUUAAUUAAAUCCUGCGCUUAGAUCGAACUGUAACAUUAUUCCAAUCACAUUUAUCUUGCAGGCGGCAGAGGAGAUGGCAGCCUCGCUGGAAACGCGCGGGGGAGCUUGAGCCGGCGGCCAGAGACGCACCGUGCGCCGCUCCAUCGCCACGCCGCCGCGCCCAGACCCUCCAUCUUCCUGCUCAGCCUCCUGGCCCCGGCUCGCCCCUGCCUUGGGGGCCUGGCUUCUCUCUGGGGCUCCUGCUUGCCUCUAUCCUCUGGCCCUCCGCGGCUCCCUUGCCCGGUCCCCCUCCCUCGGCACACACGCUGACACGCGCACGCGAACACACACACACUCACAUACACUGAUACGCCAGCGAGCUGCUGGCCGCUCAAUGGACCGAUUUCCCCGCUUUUCUUGAUCCCAACCCAGCCCGGGAUGAGAAAUUGCAAAAUGGCCCGGGUUGCCAGCGUGCUGGGGCUGGUCAUGCUCAGCGUCGCCCUGCUGAUUUUAUCGCUCAUCAGCUACGUGUCCCUGAAAAAGGAGAACAUCUUCACCACUCCCAAGUACGCCAACCCGGGGGCGCCCCGAAUGUACAUGUUCCACGCAGGAUUCCGGUCACAAUUUGCGCUGAAGUUUCUAGAUCCGUCAUUUGUGCCCUUUCCGCAUUCUCUGACUCACGAACUCCAAGACAGACCUAAGUGGACAUUUAAUCGGACAGCGUUUUUACAUCAAAGGCAAGAAAUUCUUCAGCAUGUCGAUGUAAUAAAAAAUUUUUCUUUGACCAAGAAUAGUGUUCGGAUUGGACAACUGAUGCACUAUGAUUAUUCCAGCCAUAAAUAUGUUUUCUCUAUUAGCAAUAAUUUCCGAUCACUGCUUCCAGACGUGUCACCCAUUGUGAAUAAGCAUUAUAAUAUUUGUGCUGUGGUUGGAAAUAGUGGGAUCCUGACAGGGAGCCGGUGUGGACAACAAAUAGAUAAAUCAGAUUUUGUUUUCCGUUGCAAUUUCGCCCCUACGGAAGCUUUCCAAAGAGAUGUUGGAAGGAAAACCAACCUUACCACCUUCAACCCCAGCAUCCUGGAAAAAUAUUACAACAAUCUUUUGACCAUUCAGGACCGUAACAACUUUUUUCUCAGUUUAAAAAAGCUCGAUGGGGCCAUUCUUUGGAUCCCUGCAUUUUUCUUCCAUACCUCAGCAACUGUUACCAGGACAUUAGUUGACUUUUUUGUUGAACACAGAGGUCAGUUAAAGGUCCAAUUGGCUUGGCCUGGAAAUAUAAUGCAACAUGUCAACAGGUACUGGAAAAACAAACAUUUGUCACCCAAACGGCUGAGCACAGGUAUUCUUAUGUACACCCUUGCAUCAGCAAUAUGUGAAGAGAUCCACUUGUAUGGAUUUUGGCCUUUUGGAUUUGAUCCCAACACAAGGGAAGAUCUUCCAUACCAUUACUAUGACAAAAAAGGAACCAAAUUUACCACCAAGUGGCAGGAGUCCCACCAGCUGCCUGCUGAGUUUCAGCUGCUAUACCGAAUGCACGGGGAAGGGCUCACCAAGCUGACUGUGUCUCGCUGUGCCUAAAAACUCCGAACAGAAAGUGCCAAAUGGCUGAUUUAAAAGUGCCCCAAGUCACACUGAAUAGUCAGAAUAGAACCCUAGAGAAUUUCUUAUAAGGACUGUCUGCCAUUUAAAAGGAAAGGUGUCUUUUCUCCCUUUUUUGCACUGCUCUUUGAAGGGUCUCAGCAGGACAGACGCUUUGAAGCCACACGAUUUUAAACUUGACUGAUAAAGGGAACGUUGCAUUUGGAACUAUGCUGAUAAUGAAAUGGUCUAAAGUAUUUUCAUGUUUGUAUUUUAAUAAUAAACUGCCUCCCAUUUUUUCAUGAGGAUUAGAGCUGUAGUUUCUGCAGCUUUACUCAGACACAGUCCUCGUAAUCCGAGGCCUCUGGCCAGUUUGGGCAGGGUUUCAGUUUUGCCUGGGUGGGAUCAGACUCUUCAAAGUGAAAAUAUAAAAAACUGGUUUGCAUAUAUCAUAUCUCUCUCUCUCUCUCUCUCUCUCUCUCCUUACCAUUCAUUCCCCUGGCCCCACCACCGUGAAGUUUGAUAUUUGCUGGGAAUCAUACUGAAAUACCUUUGCUUGUAUAUCUUGCAUCUGCCCUUGAUAUGUUCAAGGCUCUGGCUAACUUUGUUGAUUCAUGACAGACUGAGCCCAUCAUGAUUGAUUCCCUUAUGAUGACUUGGAUAAGAAAUGCCUCUUAAGGAGUUCUCACCAGUCCAUGCAGCCGUUCCCCAGCAGAGUGGUCCCUCUGCGGUGAGUGGCCUAUAAUGAGCGCAUCUUUCACUAUCACAGAGAAAGCCCAUGUCAGGGGUGGCACCACAUCUGUUGACGUAAGUGCUAUUGUGGCAGAUUAUUCUGUUGCCACAUCUGCAAGGAUAUUCCAGCCUGGGUUGAGUGCCUCCCACAAUUCUAACCCAAGCACUGGGCUGGGAAUUCUCUCAGAAUAUAGAGGCAAGGAGUCAGCCUAAGAGCCUGGAACAUAUAGAGGAAAAUGAAAAAUACUUGGAAGUUGUUACAGAUCCCAUAUCCCCUAAAGUGUUGUGACCAUGAUCAGGGCCUCUGAACCAGUAGGGUUGAAGCAGAGCAGAAGCUCUGAGGUUGGCCAGGAUGGGCCUCCUUGUGAAAAGCGCUGAGGCGAGGUCACUGUGCAUAUCACUGUGCCAUCAGCACUGCUCCAGAACUUCAAGACAAGUUUAGACACUGGUUCUUUAUCCACUCUUCUUAUUGAAAUCAGAUCUUUAAUUAAGCAUUUCAAAAGGAAGAGUCACUGUAUAGUGACAAAAUUGGGACUAAAUAAACCCUUGGAAUUGAAGAUGUGUAGGCCCGCUACAGAGGAAUUGGUGGCCAUUCUCUUUUUCAUUAUUUCAGCCUUAGGAGUAGAAAUCACAUGACUCCCAUCCCCAGCUUUUCACUGAACAGCACUUUGUUCUUCCAGUUUAGCCCAAAGUCUGGCCAAGUUGAUGUUAAAUUUUAAUAAGAGUUUCUUUCCUUUCCAAAUGCCAGUCAAGCACAUUUAUAAUACAUUUGGGUGGGGGUAGCUUGUUCUUUUCCAGAAAUCUCAUCUAGAUUGCUUGUAAUGUUACAAAUACUGUUUAAAAUAAUUGCUGUAGUUCAGUAAUCAGCUCACUGCCCCUCCGUGGGAAGGUAUCAUCCUGCCUAAAAUCAAACCAAAUACAACAAGACGCAGUCCUUAUGCUCAUGUUCUGCCUGCUCCUAAAGGGGAGCUAUUUAUUCUAAUUUUUUCCAGAAUGCUAAUCAGAGCUGCUUACAUAGCUCCAGAUACUAACCAGUGAAAGAAAAAUCACAGAGAUUCAAACGUGUUCUUGACCGUGACACAUCUUAACAAUGUUGUAUAUGUGGCAAUCGUCCAAAUAGAUGGGGAGAAAUGGGAAGAGAUGUUUAAAAUGGGAGAUACUAAAACAGCUCAAUACUUGAAAUAGUGAGAAGGGGAGAUAUUAAAAACAUUUUAAAAUCCAGUGGUAUAAUUUGAUGGGCACCAAAACCACACCAUGCUUGUUCCUGCCACAUUAAAGAGGAGAGUAGUACGUGGUAUAGGUAGCAGAGGAGGCUCGGAGAUCCUGUGUUGCUAAAAAGACAUAAAUAAAUAAAUAAAUCUAAAUGCCAAGUUUGGGGAUUUUUUUUUUUAAUUCAGGGAGAUUUUUAAAUCUUGCUUCACUCUGAGUUCCAUCUUGACCUAGAGUGAGAAGACUUUGUCAUCUCCCAACAUCAUUUCAUCUGUCCCUUUCAUAAAACCUCAAAAUGUUGAGGAAACAGACUUGUCCCCCAGAACUAGAAGGGUUCAGAGAUCAGCCUCAUCCCCUGUCUCCAGGCAGGGCUUCCUGGGGCUGAUCCAAAAAGACCACCAUUCCUUCUCCUUUAAAAUCUCCAAAGAAAAUCCCAAGUCCUCCCAUGGUGGCUCACCAAAAUUCUCAUAAUUUAUAAAUUCCGUGUAUACAGCCUAUACCCUCUUAUUGAAAAAUUAGUUCAAUGUGUGGGUAAAGGAUCUAUCCCAGUUUUCAACAUGCAGUCAACUGACUCAAUACAUGGCAGUUUUUAGUAUUAUUUUUACCGUUAGUUAUGCCCUUGACCUACCGUUCCAGCAGAGAGAAAAACAGCCUCUAGCUGAUCAUACAAAAACUCUUUUCAUUUUUAAAGAUUGUUUCAAAGAUUACGCCUACACAACCACUGUCACAGCCAAAAGAGUUGGUGGGUCCCGUGAGUCCAGAUUAGAAAGGCAGUGGUGUAAGUAGCCAGAACUUCCAGGCCUGUGUGGUCAAGAGCAAUGGAUUGUAUCUACAGAUACAAACCUCUGGCUUUUGCAUUGCUCUUGCUUUCCUGGUUCGAGGUUAAGUGCAUCCUUUGUCAGAACUGCUACUCUUUUCAGAUACUCAUGGCGAAGUCCACCCUCAGCUAUUAGAGUCAACUUAAAGCCCCCAAGUCUGUCUACACAUGACACCAAUACAAAUGACCAAUACAGUUUCAAAGAAAAAAACCCCACAAACAUUUAGCAACCUGCUUAAUGCGAGUCUCUCAGUCUGUAUCAGUUUGUCUGAAUGUCACAUGCAGACAUGCAGAUCCAGGGGAAAUGGGGUUCAAGUGUGGCACGAAUCUCUCCCACACCCAGGUUUGAUGAUUAAACAUCUAUUCUCCUCUGCCUUUGCUUCUGUGUCUUCAGUGUCUUUGACCAUUGUACAAGUGCUAUGUGUUUAGUAGUGUGUGCCUAGCAGAGCUGAUUGUGACCACUGUGCCAUCUGUCUGUGUAUAACUUUGAUGUCAGGCACCUGACCAUGCGGCUACCAGCCAGGACAUGCAAAGGGAGAGGCUCCCUCUCAGCCUCCUUGUGCCCAGGCCUCCGGUUAUCCAUAAAUGUGGGUGCCAGGAGGAAUCUAAUUUGGUGAGGAAACUGACGAAUGGAAGAGCAUUUCUUCUGACUUAGGGCAAAGUACUAAUUAUUAGACACUUCAGACAGCAAAGAGGUGUUAAUUUGAGGCCAAUGGUAGCUAGUCCUAAUUCUUGACUUUUCAGAUGAGAAGUGGGGAAACAGAGGCUAAGUGAUUUUCCCAAGAUUGCACAGGUAAUAAAUGGAGAAAUUCGGACUCCUCAUUUAGUCUUAACAGCAUCAAAUAAAGAUGGGCUCAAAGGAAAAGCGAUUUGGUCUGGGGCCCAGAAGGUACAGAAAAGCUAUAAAAGAGGAAAAAAGAUUCUUCCCGCACCAAAAAAAAAAAAAAUUAUUUCUCGAUGCAAAACAGAAAAGGAGAUGCUUGCCUAGGUAUACAACAGUCCAUUGGUAAUAACCUACAUCCUCUCCUCCAAAUGAGAGGAAAUACUCUUAGUAAAUCAUGAUUCUGAUAAAUCUUGUAAAUCACAAUUCAAUUACUGACAGUUCCCAGUUGACAGCUGGAAUACCAUCUAAUAAUCUAUUCAUCUUAAUAAAACCUGAUUUUAGUAAUAGGUAUGCAUAGUUUAAAAGGUAAAUGCUGAGAAUGGUUAUGUACUUUUCCAUAUGUAUACCUUUCAGUUGAGGCCUCUUGAAGUAAAAAUACAUUUGUCAAUGCCUUCUAUAUUGUAAUUUCAACAGCAUACUUCACAUUAUUGCAUUCAGUUCGAUAUGCUAAGAAGAUGUGCAAAUAAUAAUGAAUAAUUUGAGCUGGGUCUUCAUGUGCAAAGUGACAGACUUAGCGAUUUUCUGAUAAUUCUGGGUCCUUAAAUCCUUCCCCUCCCCCCAGUUAUUUGACUGUGCCACCCAAAAGUUUCUGUUUAGCCUCUACUUCUCCCUGAAUGUGUGGAACUAAGCUUUCGCUUAUAAAGAGAGUUGGAGCUGUGUAUAUGUGGCUGAAGAGCCCAGAUAUAAGAUCAUAGGUGCUGGGAACUUAGAGCCCCUGGGCCACCUGAUGGACCUGUCUGGGCUCUGUGGCCCAAUUAAUCAAGGCCACAGGUGAGUCGAUAUCAAGGACCAAAAUAACUAAAUAUGUCUCUCUCACACUUUGACUGCUUUGCCACAUCGAUAUAACAUUUGAGGUAGGAAACAUUUUAGAAUGUCAUUAUUGUAUUAUGCAGUAUUUCUUAAAAUUUCUUUUUAUUGUGAUGACUUAUUAUUGAAGAUAUAUGUAUUUGAAUAGAUGUUUUAUCCUCAGUGAAGCUCAUUCCCUUGUUGUUGAUUACAAUGGAGUCAAGGUGAAGAGCUUGCGUGGACUAAUUGGCUAUGAUUUGAGAUUACGUGGGCUUAGAGGGUGAGGCCCUGGAUUACGCUGCCAAUCCACCACCAAACAAAGCUGUAGGACAUGAGGAGCUCUUUAAAAUAUAAUUCCUGCUCUCUACCCCAGACCUUUGACUAAGAAUGUCCUAGAAUAAGUCCAGCUCACAAAUAUUCCCAGGUGAUCCUGAUGUGGCCAUGAUUUGGGAACCAGAAAUAUAUAGUAAAGUUGCUAUAUAUAUAUAGCAUGUUGACCAAAGCAGCUGAAUGUUUAUCCCUCCUCAUGCAGUUAAUAUCAGAUCUAUUCCCUGAAGUUAUCAUGAUACAUGGUCAUAUAGACACAGUCUUAGUGAUUUAGCCAUUCAACUAUUUUGGCUAAAUUGACCAGUCACGAAUUUGUAAGUGAAUAGUAACUGGUCAAUUUAGUCAGAAAGGAUGCAAGCCUGAAGACAGUCAGAGUGGAGACCAUGGUUUUAACAUACUUUACCCCAAGGCCAGCUCUUUACAUUUCAAACUAGGAGACAGAUCUCAGGUCACUCAUCUUUAUAAACAGAUAAACUGAGAAACAGGGAAGUUAAUUCACUCAGAUUCUAGUUGGACAUCAUUCCCAGAGCCUAAAGUAUUCUUAAAUGGGUCUGAUUUCUCAACUUCAAGGUAAUGCCCAAAGUGCAAAGUUCUGGGGGUUAAAAUGAAAUCAUUCAAAAAAGAAAAAUCAAGGAGCUAAAAUUCUAAGACCAACUAAGUAUAAGAGAGAUAGUCAGUUGGCAUUGGUUGCCUUUUACCAGCCUCUGUUGAAUAAGGUGCCACUACCCUAAUAAAUUUUUGGCCAGGCUCCUUUCCUUAGCUGUGCACAUGCAGAGACUUUAAUCAUCAGAGAUACUAAAGAUAUCCUUUGAAUUCCCUUUUGUGGGAUUAAGAAACAGCUUUAGCUCUUUGGUGCACUGCUAAAUGUUUAACAAUUGGCUCUGAAGAAUGGUGGAGUCCUGAUUUCUAGGACUUGCCAAUUUCCAUGGUGUAAAUACUCUCAUCGAAGUUAAGUUCAAACUAUGAACUUGUUGUCAACCAGUUAAAAACGUCACAAUAUCUUUUCAUGAGCCACCAUGACCUGACUCCAGCACAGCACUGCCUGGACAAUUCCUAAGUCAGUGAGUACCAAAUAGGAGGAGCUGACAAUGGCUUUAAAGGGUCUCUCAAGUGCCCUCUACCACAAAAAGGAAUUUCCACUUUGAUCAGUUCUAAAGAUUUUUAGUAUAUUUUUGGGUCUUUGAGACUAAGGACCCUAAAGAGUUCAAAAUAUCUCCUAGCCAUGUGACUUCUAGGAACCUCUGAACAAACUCCUCAUUACCUUAGAAAAUCACUGGCCGUGGCUUGUCUAAUUUCUAAAGGUGACCUUCCUGGUAAACAUUCUUUAACACAAGGUUAAACCAUGUUUGGCUGAUCUUUUCUCAUAACCUAUAUAUUCCAUCGGCUAUUUCCCCAGUUGUCUGAUUUUCUCUGUCCAGUUACUCCUCAACCUUCCAACACAGCACAAAUUCACAAACAUCCAGAAAUCAGUGCCUGUGGAGAAGCAGAGGAAAGAACAAGACCUCCAAUAAGCUUACCUGGACCCAUCACACCUGGAGACGCUCCAUGGUUCACCAGGGAGGACACUCAGCUAAGCAUCAUGCCCAGGACUUGGAUAUACACUCUGUUGGACUUUAUUUGCACUCAGAAAAUUUGUAAUGGGCUAGAAACACCUCUAAAUAAGAAUACAACCAGGAAAACUGUAAAGGAAGACAUUAUGUGAUGCCUUGCCCUUAGCUAAGCUAGUGUAAGGCUAGACCCUGAAAAAAAAUCUACCAGCAAACAUUUGGCCACUGCAGUCCCUGGCCAUUGAGCACAGCUUUCCUUCUUCCUCACCACUGGCUGUAAGUGAAAGCCCUAUUCCCUGAGAGUUUAUAAAUCAGAUACACUAGUGAGCCACAGAACAAGCUUUGUUUGAAAAUUAAAGGUUUUCUGAUGAAAGUCAUUCUUAGGUGAGUUAAUGAAAACCUCCAGAAGGCAAUGCUGGAAAAAAAAUGUACUAAAUUCCUCACACACAAUAAGUGGUCAUAAGUUUUUAUUCUGCCUAUAAAAAAUCAAAAUUAAAUCAUAAAGAACCAAAUCUACUUUCCUUGCUAUAGUAAAAUAUUCUACAGGUUCUGUAAAACAUUUCUAGACUGUAAAUGUUUGAAACUCAACUUGGAUAUUUUCCCGCUAAUGCUCAAAAGUCCAGGGUACACCUCUGUUUUCUGUUCUUAUUAAUAGUUCUCAAAAGGAGCCUAUUUAUCUAUAAUUAAUACACUAUAAUUUAUUUUAAAUGAGUUAGGUAUAUGUUAAAAUGUUUUUUUUUCUGUAUUCAGAACAACUUGCUUAUAGCCUGGGCACAAAGUAGGCCUUCAUCCUCUGGCUUUUCUGGACACCAAAGAGGUAAGUCCAUAGCUGCAAACAGGAGGAAUUUAACAGUAGGCUCCAUUUUAUUACAAACAUAUUAACAGCAAAACCAGCAUUAAGGAACCAGCCCCACACCUUUAUUUAUCUAGGGAAGUAGGGAAGAAAAAUUGGUAGAUAAUGGGAAUGAGGUUUGGUCAACAUGUGUAGCUGAAAUAAAAUCAUAAGUAUUUGCAAAAAGGAAGGGGAGGUUUCCCUCUGAAAUCUAGAAUCUAGACCAUUUUUUAAGACUUAGAAUAAUGACAGAAAUGCUCUUUAACCACAUUUCAAGAUCCAGAACUAAGCCCUUACUAGGCAGAAAAGCAGCCUUACAGCCAAGAGCCCUGGGAGAGGUUUAUUGAUGGAAUGAGAUUCAAACACCAAGCAUCAGCAAUUAGCACUGGAGUUCUCCCAAGACUCUGAGCAAAAACACUGAAGUAUCACAAUGCAGCAUCAUUUACUCACAUAGGACAGUCACCAAGUUCAUAGCAGAACUUCACAACUCAAGAUAUUAUCUCGGAUCUAGAUUCUAGGUGAAUAUUCUCAAUAUGAAGAUGAGAAAAUUGAGGUUCACAAAGUAGGAAGUGACAUAACUGCCCAGCUAGUUAAAUGGAGCUAGAGGUCUGAGUCUCCCAACCACUGAUUCUUCUACACCACACCACGUGGCCUCCAUUCUUUAGAUGGUAAGUUGACAAUCCACUUAAAUCAGAAAUUAAGACAAAAGAAUGUGUGUGAUUAUCUUCUCUCAUUUAACCUACUUGGUUUCACCAUUUCAUUUUAGCAUCAUGUUAAAGAAUGUUAUAUCAGUGUAAGAUGAGGAACCAAGUUCUUUGUAGAAUAACGAUGAACCAAAAGAUCAAAGAGUAGGAGAACAGUGAAUGUAAGUUAUUAAAGAAAUGAGUAAGAAGCAUGUGUCAGGGAAAAUAAACACUUCUUAUGCUGGUAUAACUAUGGAGCCCUCCCCCACACAGCGGAUGCACUCAUUUCAGAAAUGCCAUUUCAUGCGGAGAGACUCACACUGAAGGUCCUACUCCUCUCCAGACAGAUGAGAAGACCUCUUGCUCUUUGUAAGAUGCUUCAACCCUUAGGACUCAGACUCACAUCUCUUGCGAGAGGCAGCCUCAGCAGCUCUUAGAAACAAGCUGCCAGACUGAUAAGGCCAUGGAGGCCUGAAGGAAGCCAGCAUGCUGGACUGAGGAACAUGUGCAUAAUCCCUGCCUUCUUGGUGAACAAGGACGACCAUCUUUUUCUUUUGUAGAGAUAAUCGUGUGUAUAUUGUGACUGUAGUUUGUGAAGAAAAUGCAAUGAUUUGCUUCGACAGCUCCCCAAAUAUCCCUGUUAAGUAUGAAUGUGCCUGCCUCAUUGCCUCCUGUGCCAAACACAGUACUGAAUGCGUUGUUUUUAAAUAAACUGUUUUAUCAUGCAUUAGAAAACA